AUGGUGAACUACUAUCACCGUUUUCUUCCCCAUGGUGCCACCAUACUGCAGCCUCUCAACAGCUUGCUGACCCACUCCAAGAAGACACUAGUGAUGACUGAGGAGGCCGUCAGGUCCUUCAAUGACGUCAAGGCCGCACUUGCGGACGCAACAUUGCUUGCCCAUCCUCGCUCAGGUGCCCAACUAACUCUCAUGACAGAUGCUUCCAGCACUGCCGUUGGUGCGUCACUUCAGCAAACUGUUAGUGGUGUUCUACAGCCUUUGGCUUUCUUCUCGAAGAAGCUCAGCCCAGCAGAGACCAGCUACAGUGUCUUCGGCCGCGAACUCCUUGCCGUCUAUCUAUCUAUCCGGCACUUCCGCCAUUUCCUCGAGGGUCGUGAAUUUGUUGUUCUAACAGAUCACAAGCCACUCGUUUUUGCACUGAGGGCCUCUCCCGAUCGAUACUCGCCCCGUAAAAUCCGUCAUCUGGACUUCAUCUCACAGUUUUCCUGCGACAUCCAACAUGUCCAUGGUAAGGAAAAUGUGGUUGCUGAUGCUCUUUCAAGAAUCGAGAUGGCUUCCAUCACAACAGACGCCAUAGACUUCACACUCAUGGCUGAGGCUCAGCGAUCGGAUGACGAGCUCUCCCAAUACCGCCACGAGAACUCUUCUUUACGCCUUCAAGAUGUCCCCCUUCCCACUGGCACUGGCACCAUCACGUGCGACCUUUCUACCGGACACGAACGUCCUUUUGUUCCAGCAACUUUACGACGACGAGUGUUCAACACUCUUCACAAUCUAUCCCACCCUGGAGUCCGGGCGACAGUGAAACUCAUCACUGACCGAUUCGUCUGGCCCAACAUCAAUCGGGAUGUACGGCGUUGGACCCGAUCUCGUCUAUCAUGUCAGCGAGCCAAAACGCAUCGGCAUACUAUUACUCCGCCAGGUACUUUCGCCACUCCUGAUGCACGCUUCAGUCAUGUACACAUUGACCUGGUAGGUCCGUUGCCACCAUCUAACGGUUCUACCUAUAUGCUGACAUGCACUGAUCGUUUUACUCAGUGGCCGGUUGCUGUGCCUAUUCCGGACAUCAGUGCCGAAACCGUAGCAAGAGCUUUCUUGACUCGUUGGGUGUCCAAUUUUGGAGUUCCUGCGACUGUCACCACUGACCGCGGAUCCCAAUUCGAGUCCACGCUGUUUCGCGAACUCACAUCCCUUCUCGGUACCAACCGAAUCCGAAAAACAGCGUACCACCCUCAAGCAAAUGGUCUCGUCGAACGCUUUCAUCGACAGCUCAAGACUUCCCUUAUGGCCCAGCCCGAUCCUUCCCGAUGGUCUGAUCACUUUCCCCUGGUGCUGUUGUCCCUCCGUUCCACUCUCAUGGCCGACAUCGGUUGCACUGCAGCUGAUCUUGUCUACGGAACCUCACUACGAUUGCCCGGUAAGUUAGUGUCUCCCUCAAACAUGCUAACGUUUUUCGAACCUUGCAGUUAUGUGGAGCAGCUGCGUAGUGUCAUGCGCAAACUCCGCGCAACGCCCCCUCGGGCGUCACCGGCCAAUUCCUUCAUCCCUCCCGACCUGGAUAAGUGCUAUUUCGUCUUGGUUCGGCAUGACGCUGUCCGACGACCACUCCAACCACCCUAUGACGGGCCGUAUAAAGUCCUCCGCCGAUCUGACAAAGAUGUUGUCAUCGACCGCAACGGCAAGACCGACACAGUCAGCAUUGAUCGCGUCAAGCCGGCCUACAUCGACGACAGUGACCAUCCCUCACCCCAACACUGUACCCCGUCUCAGACAGUGCGGCCCCCUCCACUUACUGGCGACAGGCCCCCUCCGGUUCGCCACACACGAUCUGGUCGCCACGUCCACUGGCCCGACAGGUUUGUGGCUGGCUAG